AUGCUCCCAGUCAUUGCUCUCGCGCUGGCCCUGGCGGCUCCAGCAUUUGCAUCGCCCUCUUGCAAGGUGACUCCGUUAGACUCAGAGUGGCCGACCAAUUCAGACUGGCUAUCUCUAAACGCCUCCAUUGAUGGUAGGCUUCUCCGCACCGUGCCCGUCGCCUCAUCGUGCUGGCCGGGUAAUCCGUUUGGAUCGUCCGUUUCUUGCAACAGCGUUCAGUCAAACUGGACGAAUGGAAUGUGGCUGUCUACAUUUCCUGAAUCAAUCGACUACCCAAUCUAUGCGAACAAUUCUUGCUUGCCCCCGAACGCCGCGGGUUUCGUCAAAGGUAGAGGCUGUACGACUGGAGGUCUGCCUGAAUACAUCGUGAAUGCGACCACCGAAAAGCAGAUCGCAACGGCAAUGCACUGGGCCUCAGAGAGGAACCUUCGGAUUGUGGUCAAGGGAACAGGUCAUGAUUUAAACGGAAGAUCUAGUGGUGCAUUUGCCCUGUCUAUAUGGACUCAUAACUUGCGCAAGCUCGAGCGCGAUAGAUCCUGGAUGCACCCUAGUAAAAGCACCUCAGAGGACGUGUUCAUUGUGGGCAGUGGCCAGCAAUGGGGAAAUGUACUCAACAAAGCCCUCGAGCACGGAAGAGUGGUCACCACCGGCCAGGAUCCUAGUGUUGGACUGGGCGGUUACAUUCAGGGUGGUGGUCAUGGUCCCCUCUCCCGCACGUAUGGUCUUGCCUCUAGCCACGUUCUCCAGAUGAGGGUCGUCACAACCGAAGGCAAGAUUCUGAUAGCCAACGACGCCGAAAACCAGGACCUGUUCUGGGCCCUUCGUGGCGGCGGUCCUGGUCUGUAUGGCGUCGUCACAGAGUACGUCAUCAGGCACCACCCAGCGCCCAACAGCGUGACAAUGGGCAACCUUUUGAUUGCACCCAAAGGUAGUAGCAACCGAAGCGCAGAAUUGUCCUGGGAUGCAGCUGUGACCUAUCUCUCAGCCCUUCCAGACCUCAUGGAUGCCGGCUUGGCUGGAGCUUGUAUGCUAGCGACGGGCCAGAGUGCCAUGAACUUUGCAUCACUUUCAGAGCCCACCACUGGUGCUGUUAUUCAGCAGGCCUUUUGGUCAUUCAACUCGACGCCUUUGGUCAUGGAGGCACUUGUCAACCCUAUUCUGUCAAACAUCACUCACACGGCCGGUGGAAACAACAGUCUCUCCAUCUCGUUCAGUGCUUCCUCGCAGAGUAAUUACUCAUCUUUUUUUAGCGCCAUUUCCGGUAGUGAUGCGGCCGGCGGGCAGAGUGUGGUUUCUAGCCGUUUACUAGGACGGGCCGAGCUGCUUGACACGCCGAGGCACAAAAGACGUGCCUAUCUCAAGACAGCAAUGCGCGCUCAGAAUGAAACUGCCGGAACAUACGCAACAAUCGGUCUGCAAGGCGGCCCUGGGGUGCACAAUACGCCGCAGGGGGAAUGGGGCGCAUUGCUUCCAGCCUGGCGCUCCGCAUAUCUGCAUUUUAUUUCCAACGGUGCUACCGUUGACCCUAUCGCUGCAGGAUCGCCAAAGAAAGCACUGGAAAAUGCGGCUCGCUUCAACGAGGUUAAGGAGAAGAUGUGGAGAGAGUGGUCGCCUGACUCGGGUGCCUACAUGAACGAGGCCAACCCGUUCACCAGCAAUUUCAAGCAGGACUUCUAUGGCUUGAACUAUGAUCGUCUGGCGGAGAUCAAGGCUAAAUACGACCCCAGUGAAAGCUUGUUCGUCCUCUCCGGUGUGGGAAGUGACAAGUGGCAGUAUGACUUGGAUACUGGCAAGUUGUGCAAAGGUAAAUAA